AAAAUGUCUAUAAUCAGGCCAUUGACAUGUGAUGAUUUAUUUAAAUUCAAUAAUGUGAAUUUAGAUCCAUUGACUGAGACUUAUGGACUUCCAUUUUACAUGCUUUAUUUAGCACGUUGGCCAGAAUAUGUUCAACUUGCUGAAUCACCAAGUGGUGAAAUAAUGGGCUACAUAAUGGGAAAAGCUGAAGGUCGUGACGAAAAUUGGCAUGGUCAUGUAACAGCCCUUACAGUAUCACCAGAUUACAGAAGACUUGGUCUUGCUGCAAGAUUAAUGAAAUACCUUGAAGAUAUUUCUGAAAAAAAAGAAGCAUAUUUUGUUGAUUUAUUUGUACGUGUUAGUAAUAAAGUUGCUAUUCAAAUGUAUCAAGAAUUAGGAUAUAUUGUUUAUCGAACUGUGCUUGAGUAUUACUCUGGAAAUCCUGAUGAAGAUGCAUAUGAUAUGAGAAAAGCAUUGUCAAGAGAUGUUCAUCGACAAUCAGUUAUACCCUUGCCUUAUCCUGUUCGUCCUGAAGAUGUUGAAUGACAUUUUAACGAUGAAUAAAUUUAUCUUAAAUAAAAUAAAUAAAUAAAAAAUUUUAUAUUAUUAA